AGGAGGAGUGCUGCGGGUCGCCACGUUUCCCCACAUUAAAUCUUCCCCGUGGCAGCCGGGCCGACCUGGAGCCUCCUCCUGGUCCUGAUGCUGCAUCUGCUGCUGGAAUCAGGAAGAUGCCCAUCCCUCCUCCAGCCGCUCUGGGCCAGAGUAGUUUCUGCUUGCCUCUGGAAACUCGCCUCCUCCAUCAUAUUAAUGGGAUAAUAAUGUGAUUGAUUGGUCAUUUCCGCGGAGAAACGCUCUUUGCUGCUUCCUGGGAGCGCGCAGGGUCCUUCAGAGAACUCGGGGAGGAUCGGAGCCGGACGCAUCGGCGGAACUUCCUCCCCGGCUUUAUUCCCCACAGCUGCUGCUCGGAGGGGGACAGGAAGACGGGGAUCCGACCCACGGAGGGACAUGGAGCUGCUCCGCGGCUCUCCGGAGCGCGUCAGGCGGUUCCGGCAUCGGGAGCUUCCGGCUGCUGAUGAGCAGCUGUGCGAGCGGACCGCGCUGUAGGUUCGGCGCAAAGGGGAACCGAACCGAGGCUUUCAUCGCGUCCCUGCAUCGCAGUGGAGCUGGAUCCUGCGUGAGCCUGCGGGGAGGAGGGGUGGGUGGGUGUGGGUGUGGGGGGGGCGGCAGCAUCUAUGCAGUUUUAUUCCCACUUUGCAUUUUAUUAUGAGCACAGAGGGGGGAGAUGCGGGGCCGGCGUGCGGGGAGGAGGAGGGAGCUCCGGCCGCCAGCCAGCGCCACACCUGGGAGCAGGAGAGCGACCCGCUCCGCUCCCAAGGACGACCGCAGCCCGACGGCCAGGAGGAGCCGCAGCCUGGGGAGGAGGAGGAGGAGCAGGAGGAGGAAGAGGAGGCGGAGGGCCGUGCGUGCGCGACUGACAGCGGAGGCAACACUUCCAGCGAGGAGGGGGCGGUGGGGGGCAGGUGUGACAAAGCCAUGCAUUCAACCUGCAGCAGCGAGACGUGCAUCCCGACGCCCAGCUGCAGGAUCUGCUUCCAGGGCGCGGAGCAGGGCGAGCUGUUGAACCCGUGCCGCUGUGACGGCUCGGUGCGCUACACCCACCAGCAGUGUCUGCUGAAGUGGAUCAGCGAGCGGGGCUGCUGGACCUGCGAGCUCUGCUGCUACCGCUUCCAGGUCAUGGCCAUCAACAUGAAGAGACCGUGGCAGUGGCAGUCCAUCACCAUCACGCUGGUGGAGAAGGUGCAGAUCAUCGCCGUGUUCCUGGGCUCCCUCUUCCUGGUGGCCAGCAUCUCCUGGCUGCUCUGGUCGGCCCUCAGCCCUCAGGCCAUCUGGCAGCGCCGCGACGUCCUCUUCCAGAUCUGCUACGGCAUGUACGGCUUCAUGGACCUGGUCUGCGUAGGCCUGAUCGUCCACGAGGGGGCGGCGGUGUACAGCGUCUUCAUGCGCUGGCGGGCGGUCAACCUCCACUGGGACGUCCAGAGCUACGACAAGGCCAAGGACCUGGAGGAGGCCAGCACGGGCCACUCCUCGCUGGGCCCCAGGACGCUGUGGCUGCCUCUGGCCACCCUCGGCCCCAGCGGGCCCCUGCAUCCCACCCGGCUGGGGUCCCGGCCGUGGACCUGCCUCUGUCUGGCCCCCCUCUGCCCCGGGCUGGUGCCUCGUAGCGGCCUGAGCCAGGACGCCGACUCGGGGGAGGUCGUGAUCCGUGUGACGUCGGUCUGAAAGACAGGAAGUUGGUGGAUUGGCUCUUGGCUGCAGCUUCCUGGUUCCUGCCCCGUGUGCUGCGGAUAAGUUGGGGAGGGUUAUUGUUUCUGGGGCUGGCCCCCCCGAACCAGUCUGGAUGAACUCCGGCUCUGGUGUCUCUGUGGUUCUGCAGCCGCGUGAGGACAGAAGGAAGAGGAACCCGGGCUCAGCACUGUGACUGCAUCCCUGUCAUCCAUCCUGGACUCGUUUCAGACAAACUGUGGCAUCACAGCCAGUUUCUCUCCUACUUCAGGCUCAUUUAUUUCAACGCAGAAUGAGGAAAGUUCAUUUUCUGUCUAACCGAAGCAGCUUAGACGAAUUUCUCUUUGAGAUGAGGCACCU